CCAGGCCCCGCCCCUUCGCGCGCUCCCGGUAUCUAAGCGGAAGAAGCGCAGAAGGAGCCGCUCUCUGCCGCACAGACGUUUGGACCGAAGCUCAACAUGCUGAUCAAAGAGUUCCGGAUCGUCCUGCCCGUCUCAGUCGAGGAGUACCAAGUGGGCCAGCUGUACACGGUAGCAGAGGCCAGUAAAAAUGAGACCGGAGGGGGUGAAGGUGUGGAGGUGCUGGUGAACGAGCCGUAUGAGCAGGAAGGGGAGAAAGGCCAAUACACCCAUAAGGUCUACCACCUGCAGAGCAAGGUGCCGCAGUUUAUCCGCAUGAUCGCCCCCAAAGGUUCCCUGGAGGUGCAUGAGAAGGCCUGGAACGCUUAUCCCUACUGCAAAACAGUCCUGACUAACACCUACAUGAAAAACGAUUUCAUGAUCAAGAUCGAGACGUGGCACAAGCCUGAUAUGGGGGAUCAGGAGAACGUUCAUAAGGUGGAGAACUGGGACUCAGUGGAGGUUAUUAAUAUUAACAUUGCUGAUAAUAAUGAGAUCUCUACAAAGGACUACAAGAAAGAGCAUGAUCCCUCCUUGUUCAAAUCAGAGAAAACGGGGAGAGGCCCCCUGGGGCCCGACUGGCAGAAGGAACUUGCUGCUGACAGCAAUUGUCCCAAAAUGUGUUGCUACAAGCUAGUCACCGUUGAAUUCAAAUGGAGGGGCCUCCAGAAAAAGAUGGAGGCCUUCAUUCAAAAGGUGGAGAAGCGUCUGUUUACCCACUUCCACAGGCAGCUGUUCUGCACCAUGGACGACUGGAUCAGGCUGACGAUGGACGACAUCCGGCGGAUGGAGGAGGAGACGAAAAAGCAGCUGGAUGAGGUGAAUGGGGGCGGUCUGCCUGCAUCAGAAGGAACAUUAUGAUC